GUUACUUGCCUAUUUCUACUAAAACGCGUUACUAAAACACGGUGAAUGUACAUUUGUUGGUUCAUAAUAAUCCAAAUUAUCACUAGGAUACAAGUAACUUGCCUAUUUCUACGAGGCGUUGAACUCAAAAUAUUACUGCAGGCGUUACAUCGCCACUUGUAGUUUUUCAUUAUUUUCGUACGUUUGUGAGCUUUUAAGUGCUUAUCAUUCUGCACUGUUGGAUGGAGGAGACAUUUGAACAUCAUCGAACAAUGUUUGCAUGCCUGUAAGCGACGUUUAAAUUGUGUCUUAGUGUGAAGAAACGUCGCGUUUGGUUUUCAAGGCAUUCCGUCUUUUGGAGAGGAAGAUGUCGCUGUACAGAGGCAUCGGCGGAAACAAGUACAUGACCAAACGCAUACCGAAGAAUGCAAAGUAUCAGCACAUCAAAACAAAACUGGACACAGGGGUCAGCCUCACCAAGUAUUUGGAGCGCCUAGAGGACAUCAAAAAGAACUACAAGUUUAACCGAGGGGAAAUCUACAAACGCUUUAAAGUGACAACAUUUGCAGAACUGAUCCUUCAGGUGGCGUCCGUGUCGGACUUCGCCGAAUGUGUCAGUGGGGAUUCCAGUCACGGCCUGGAUGACGGUGACGGCGUGAUGGUGGCAAAGGCAGAGGCGGAGUCAAACGGCUCACCCGAGAGGUUGGGACCUUCAGGGCGUCAGGACGGGGCACAGGAGCAGGACUCCGGCCAGGGCAGGUCCACUCUGCUAAGCGUCAUCAACGGUGUGGGCGAGCUGAACAUGAACGGCGACAAAAGCAAGGCGCCGGACAACGCGGACCCCGAUAAGCCGUACCCGGACUGCCCCUACCUGCUGCUGGACAUGCGUGAUCGCGACAACUACGAUCAGUGCCACAUCGUCAGCGCCUACAGUUUCCCCAUGGCCAUGCUGUCACGCACCAUGAACCCUUACACCAAGGAAGUGCUGGAAUAUAAGAACACCGACGGCAAGAUCAUCAUCGUGUACGACGAGGACGAGCGCAUCGCCAGCCACGGCGCCACCAUGAUGUGCCAGCGAGGCUUCGAGAACCUCUUCCUGCUCAGCGGAGGUCUGAAGGCGGUGGCUCAGAAGUUCCCUGAGGGCAUGACCACGGGCACCCUGCCGCUGUCCUGCCAGCCUCCUCCCGCACCCUCCAAGUGGAAGAAGUGCCUUGCUUCGCCACCGCCGCCGCCCUCGCGCGUGGCCGACAAAAGAUGGCGCUUCACUGCCGACGAGCUCACCAGGAUCGAAGGCCAGCUGGAGAACAUCGCCGUCAACAGCAGUCGUACGUCCAGUCGCAUGUCCACCUGCAGCAGUCUGUCCAAAAUAUCCAGUGUUCACACUUCUCACACGUCAUCCACGUCCGGCAGGGACGGCCAUGUUCAGAGGCCCUGGAAGUAGCCCCGCCCCCUUUUCAAGUCUUUCCUGCUGCUGCGGAAUCAAUCAAUACUUGGAUCUGUGGAGGACUUUUUUAUUAAUAUUUAAUGUGCACGCAGGUCAUGUCCGGUUGGGACAAAACAUCCGUGUGUGUGUGUGUGUGUGUGUGUGUGUGUGUGUGUGUGUGUGUGUGUGUGUGUGUGUGUGUGUGUGUGUGUGUGUGUGUGUGUGUGUGUGUGUGUGUACACUGGACAACUGAAUGUUCAUAAGACAAAAGAUGCAUUUUUAAUGCUGUAUUUUUGUAAACUGCUUAAUGUAUCACAACUGUCUUAAUGAUUUGAUUCAAUGAUGAGGCUGAUUUUUACUGAUUGUGUGUGUGUGUGUGUGCGUGUGUGUGUGUGUGUGUGUGUGUGUACUGAACAACUGAAUGUUCAUAAGACAAAAGAUGCAUUUUUAACACUGUAUUUUUGUAAAGUGCAUCAUGAAUCACAACUGUCUUAAUUUGAUUCAGUGAUGAGGCUGAUUUUUACUAAUUGUUUUCUUUUGUGUGUGUGUGUGUGUGUGUGUGUGUGUGUGUCUUGCUGCCUUCCUUGUUGUGUUGUUGGUUUCAAUCGUGGAAGAUCACCGAUUUUCCUGUCAUUUUCAAGUGUGUUGGUCUUUAGAUUGAAAUAAAAUGAUAGAAUUAUGGAAA